AUGGUUUCGGAGUAUAUUAGAGCGGGAAAACCGAAGAGUUCGCUUCAACUGUUUCUCGAAUUAGUGGGGUUGGGAAUUGAGCCUAGUGGGUUCACUCUAUCUGAUAAAGGCCUGUUCGAUUCUUGGAAUGUUGCUUUCAUGGGAAUUAUGAAACGUAAGUUUGAUUCGGAUAAUGUAAUUAUGACCGCGUUGAUUGAUUUCUAUGGGAGGAAUGGGCAGUUGAAUGAGGUGUGCCAGAUGUUCGAUGAAUUGCCUGAACCGGAUACAAUUUGUUUGGAUUCUGUGAUUUCGGCUCUCACAAGGAAUGGUUUGUGCAAGGAACUUGUGGGAGUUUGGGGUGGUUUGAGGCAGGGGAAGCAAGUGCAUGCGCAGGUCAUUACUUGUAGACUUGGUGAUGCGGUUCUAGAACGGUCUCUUCUUGACAUGUAUGGCAAGUGUGGGUUGGCUGAGGAGUCUCAGCAUGUUUUCGAUAGGAUGUCAAAGAAGGAUUCACUUGCUUGGGCUGCCUUACUUGGUGUCUACUGUCAGAAUAAAGAAUGUGAAUCUGUUAUUAGAAAAUUUAGGGAAAUGCGUGAUGAAAUUAAUUCGUGCAAGUGCAAGUGCAAUUGCGGCUGCUUUAACACAAGGGAAACAAGUUCAUUGCCAAUGUCUGAUAGAAACUUGAUAACACGGAGCUCAAUGAUCUAUGGGUUUGCUCAGAAUGGAAGAGGUGGAGAAGCUCUAACCACAUUUAAUGAGAUGGAGGGCAUGGAGCCUGAUUGUAUAAGUUUUACCGGGGUUCUUUACACUUGUAGUCAUACUGGGUUGGUAGAUGAAGACGAUAUUUUAACUUAA